AACCUUGGUCUCAGGCUUAUCCAAAUGGUUUUCUUUUUUUUCCCAUAACCCAAAACACAAACCAAUGGAUAGCACUGAAGAACACACCAAGGUUAUUAAACAAAAAGACGCCCUUACCUUUUUGGACGACGUAAGAAGCGAGUUCCCUGACGAUAACAACAAGGUCUAUCAGGAAUUUAUUGCAAUCAUGGUAGAUUUCAGAAACAAGGAAAUUGGAACAAAGCAAGUAUUAGAAAGGACAAUGCAAUUGUUUAUGGGACAUCACUCUUUAAUUCAAAAUUUUCUACAAUUUUUGCCACCUGGGCAUGUAUUACAGAAGCCUAAGGAUCUUCACGAUUCAACAUGUAUUGAGAUUACCACACCCUCUGGCGAUUUGAUUAUCGUAGAUAGUACGCGUGGCAUAGUCGAAUAAUAAAAUAUACCCUUUAGUCAUGUAAACUCAACAUUUAUUAAAA